CGGCGGAAGCGUUUUCUCCGCCACGGCGAUGGAGAAGUACGAGAAAAUCAAAGUGGUCGGAAGAGGAGCUUUCGGGAUCGUUCACCUGUGCCGCAGACGCAGCGAUGGGGCCUUCGUCAUCCUGAAGGAGAUCCCGGUGGAGCAGAUGUCACGAGACGAACGUCUGGCAGCUCAGAACGAGUGUCAGGUGCUAAAGCUGCUCAACCACCCAAAUAUCAUAGAGUAUUAUGAGAAUUUCCUGGAAGAUAAGGCCCUCAUGAUAGCAAUGGAGUAUGCUCCAGGUGGAACUUUGGCCGACUACAUUCAGAAACGCUGUAACUCCCUGCUGGACGAGGACACCAUCCUCCACUUCUUCGUGCAGAUCUUGCUGGCUUUGUAUCACGUGCACAACAAGCUCAUCUUGCACCGAGACCUGAAGACACAGAAUAUUCUGCUGGACAAGCACCAGAUGAUCGUCAAAAUCGGAGACUUUGGCAUCUCCAAGAUUCUCGUCAGCAAGAGCAAAGCUUACACAGUCGUUGGGACUCCUUGCUACAUUUCCCCAGAGCUGUGUGAAGGGAAGCCGUAUAACCAGAAGAGUGACAUCUGGGCUCUGGGCUGUGUGCUGUACGAACUGGCCAGCCUGAAGAGAGCCUUCGAAGCCGCUAAUCUUCCCGCCCUCGUUCUGAAGAUCAUGAGCGGAGCCUUUGCUCCGAUAUCAGACCGGUACAGUCCGGAGCUCAGACAGCUCAUCCUCAACAUGCUCAAUCUGGAUCCAUCCAAACGGCCUCAGCUCAACGAAAUCAUGGCUCUCCCCAUAUGCAUCCGGCCUCUGCUCAACCUCUACACCGAUAUAGGCAGCGUUAAAAUGCGAAGGAUUGAGAAGCCACUGUCAACUGUGCAGCCCGGUUCUCAAGGGAGACCAGGAGGGAGGGUUCCUACCAGCAGAUCCAGAGACGGAUCGGUGGGUUUGGGAUCAGGGAAGCUGCAUUCCCUGCCACUGUCCUCGGUGUACACGUGGGGAAGUGGCAUCUCGCCGCCCCUCCGCCUGCCGAUGCUCAACACCGAAGUGCUCCAGGUGUCGCUGGGUCGCACUCAGAGGAUGGGAGUCACAAAGUCAGGCCGUCUGAUCACAUGGGAGGCUCCCUCAGUGGGCUCUGCAGAGGCCAGCCUGCCCGGCGCCGUGGAGCAGAUGCAGCCUCAGUUCGUUUCUCGCUUCCUGGAGGGACAGUCCGGAGUCACCAUCAAGUCCGUGUCCUGCGGCGAUCUCUUCACCACCUGCAUGACAGAUCGGGGCAUCAUCAUGACGUUUGGGAGCGGGAGCAACGGCUGUCUUGGCCAUGGGAACUUUAACGAUGUGACACAGCCAAAGAUCGUGGAGGCGCUCCUCGGCUACGAGCUGGUUCAGGUGUCUUGUGGAGCGUCCCACGUUCUCGCCAUCACCAACGAACGAGAAGUCUUUGCCUGGGGUCGGGGAGACAACGGUCGCCUCGGGCUCGGCACCCAAGACACCCACAACUGCCCCCAGCAGGUGUGUUUACCUGUGGAGCUGGAGGCCCAGAGGGUGGAGUGUGGAGUGGACUGCUCCAUGAUCAUCAGCACUCAGCACAGCGUCCUGGCCUGUGGAAGCAACAGGUUCAACAAACUGGGCUUGGAUAAAAUUACAGCUGGAGAGGAACCGAGUCCUGCGAACCAGGUGGAAGAAGUUCAUUCCUACACGCCGGUCCAGUCAGCUCCCCUCAGCAAUGAGAAGAUAGUUUGCAUUGACAUUGGAACUGCUCACUCUGUGGCUGUGACAGCUGGAGGUCAGUGCUUUACCUUCGGCAGCAACCAGCACGGCCAGAUGGGCUGCAGCUCCCGGCGCAGCAGCCGCGUUCCCUACCUGGUGCCGGGCCUGCAGGGCAUCGCCACGGCUGCCUGCGGCGACGCCCUUCACCCUGGCGAUCGGGAUCCGGACGGCGAGGUGUUCACGUGGGGGAAAGGAGCCCUGCGGCCGCCUCGGAAGGAAAGAGGAGGAUUCUGGGAUACCGAAGGCGGUUUCAACUGGAUGAGAGUCACCCCUUCACGGUGACAUCCGUGGCUGUUGUCAUGGCAACACCCCUGCUGGCAGUGAAACCGCUACUGGAGGAGUCCGUCCCAAGAUGAUUUUAUCCUGAACACACUCGCUCGCCUGUGUGAGGCCGAGCGGAGGCCUGAGGAGGAGGAGGAGGAGGAGGACGAGUACAGUUUCCUCCCAGAUACCCAUCUGCGCCUCAGCUCAAAGAUUUCCUUUCAUACCGCAGCUGCAGCCUUGAGUUUCGCUCCGUCUUCCUGCCUUUCUGGUCUUAUCUCUUUCUGUUUCAGGAGUGAAUCUUUGUUUGACUCGAUGGCUCUGAUGGCUCGGAGCACAGCAGAGCAAAGGUCGCGACCUGCCGGUGGCAGCAGGUGUGUCUCCGAGCAGGUCGACGGGCGGAGCGAGUGUGGCGGCGCCGACGCUGGCGCCGGACUGCAGGAAGUCAUCAGGCAGAGCUCAUGCGGGGAGCCAUUGUCCUCCUCCUCAUGCUGCUUUUAACAUAAACAGUGACAGGUCAGAGAAAGUCAAUCGGGUCUGACCUCCCCUGAGCAGCGAGUGAGCGAGACAACAGGAAGAAUGAAAGAGGUGAACACAUUACUCACUCUGCUUUAUGGGAUUAGUCCUUCAACAGCAGCCUUCCAGCCAGAUAACGACGGCCUGUUGGGCCUUACGGCCUGAAACCAGCCCCUCCUCUCUCUCUCUCUCUCUCUCUCUCUCUCUCCGCUCCCAGCAAAACAAACACUUCAGCAAUCACACAACAAAGUGACACACAUGAACAGAGCACGUGUCUGCAGCGGCGCUGCUUUCAGUCCACCAAAGGAAGUUUUGACAGAAGCGUCGCACAAAGAACCAGAAACAGCAAACAGGCUGCGCCUCGACACCAACAGAAUCAGGAAAACGUGAGGAACCGGACACAGAAACUGCCUGAACAUCCAGACUCCAGCGAGAGAAAACACUCACCUCCGAACCUCUGAGCCCUCUGCUGUUUCGUCCAUUUCCCUCUUGUGCAUACAUCCUCAAAUUCAGUCUAUGAUUCUUCACAGCAGAAUCGACGAAAUAAGUACGGCAGGAUGAGGCAGCAAAGUUUCCCCUCAGCUGUGGAUGUUCCUCAGGCCUGGAGGGGCUUCGCAUAGCACAGAAGACUUAAAAACAAAGUUCUGUAAUGACAGUGUUAUUGGUUUGAAAAUGUGUUUCUAGGAAUGAUAAAAUGUGUUUCGUUCAGUGAGUUACAUUUAUGAUCCACUUCACGCAGUAACCUGGAACAAACAUUCAGCACAACAACCUUCACACACAGACUGUGAACUCAUGAGCAUGUCGUCAGUCGGGGUGUGUGCGAGAACGGAUUCCACCUCAGUGAUGCUGCUUGGUAGAAAGAACAAGUCGCAGCAUCAGUGUCGACCCAGCGAACAUUUAGAAUCAAAACUAAUAACUUUAAAGUCAUUUUUAAGUAUGGGAUCGUGUUGUAUUAUGUUUUAAAUAUCCUAGCUUCUUUCUGUCAUUUCUCAGUGAGGAUUAUGGUGCAUGACUCUAUUUUACACCUGCUUAUGAAAACAUGAAUGGAUGCUGAUGUUAUUUCUGACUUCAGUCUAAUAUCUGUUAUGGGCUAAUAAUCUGCAUCUCUGCUAAUAAUCAGUACACAAAGUAUGUUUUUUAUGUGUUUUAAUUCUGUAUUAUUGUGAAUUUAAUGACUACAGUGUGGAAAACCACAGAGAGACAUUAGUAAAUAACAUCCAAAGUAAAGCAUGUUAACUAUAAAACUGCUGAAGGAGGAAAAUAUUUAUUCAACUUUUAUUAACGUUUAAAAUAAUUAUUAUUCUUUUGUGUUGCUGUUUUCAUUGGUUUUGCAGACAGUAGUGUGAGAAUCCUGAUGUUAGAUGGCCACACAAUGAAACUGGACGAUGUUUUAUGAAAUAAACGCUGAUG